UCCAUGGGCACCCCUUCUGCUCAAGAACCCGAGAAGCGGGUUGCUCUGAGGGCAAAUGCAGUGGGGGGGGACUGGGCAGGGACAGCCCCCCCUCGGCCGGCCACUCAGGAGCCAGCAGCGCCUGUCCCCCAGGCUCUCUUCCUGCGGCUGCUGGGGGCCCAGGGCAGCGCCCCCAACCCUAGCUGUGACUGUGCCUACAACUUCCCAAAGAGGGAUGGUCUGCAUUGUUGCCGGGGCUGCCCGGCAGGGCACUACUUGAAGGCUCCCUGCACAGAGCCUUGUGGCCAUGCCACCUGCCUCCCGUGCCCCCAGGGCACGUUCCUGGCCAGGGAGAACCAUCAUGAGAGCCGCUGUGCCCGCUGCCAGGCCUGUGAUGAGCAGGGCUCCCAGGUGGCCUUGAAGAACUGCUCGGCUGUGGCAGACACCCACUGUGGCUGUGAGCCGGGCUGGUUCCUGGAGUGCAAGGUCAUACAUUGCAUUGAGAGCUCACCCUUCAGCUGCCAUCCGUGCAAAGACUGUGGGGCCCUGCACCGCCACACACAGGUGCCCUGUGAGUAUCCCACUGAGGGCUGUCUGCCCCUUCGCCUCCCUCCCUGCCUUUCUCUCUCCCAUGCCAUCUCUUGGACUGCAGGUUCCAGCAGAGACACUGACUGUGGGACCUGCCUGCCUGGCUUCUAUGAAUAUGGCAACAACUGCGUGCCCUGCCCCACGAGCACCCUCGGGAGCUGUCCUGAGCGCUGUGUGGCUGUCUGUGGCUGGAGGCAGACUGCUCUUUCAGUGUUCUGGGUCCAGGUGUUCUUGGCAGGCCUGGUGGUCCCACUCCUGCUUGGUGCCACCCUGACCUACACAUACCGCCGCCGCCAGUCUUGCAAGCCCAUGGUUCCUGACGAAGCUGGGAUGGAGGCCCUGUCGCCCCUACAGGCCACUCAUCUCUCACCUUGGGACAGUGCCCACAACCUUCUGGUGCCACCCAGCAGCAGGGAGAAGGCCUGCACUGUCCAGUUGGUAGGCAGUAGCUGGAGCCCUGGCGCCCCACAGACUCAGGAGGCACUCUGCCGGGAGGCGCCCUGGUCCCGGGAGCAGAUGCCCGGCAGAGCUCUUGGCUCCCUGCCACCGCCAUCACCAGCGCCCCCGACAGCCUCCGUAGCUGCCGUGCUCCAGCCCGGCCCGCAGCUCUACGACGUGGUGGACGCGGUGCCCGCGCGGCGCUGGAAGGAGUUCGUGCGCACGCUAGGGCUGCGCGAGGCGGAGAUUGAGGCUGUGGAGGUGGAGGUCGGCCGCUUCCGCGACCAGCAAUACGAGAUGCUCAAGCGCUGGCGCCAGCAGCAGCCAGCGGGCUUGGGCGCCGUCUACGCGGCCCUGGAGCGCAUGGGGCUGGAUGGCUGCGCCGAGGAUCUGCGCGGCCGCCUGCAGCGCGGCCCGCCCCCCUAGCUCGAGAGUCUGCUGGCCCUUGCAGAAGCCCUAAGUACGGUUACUUACCCGUGUAGACAUUUUAU